UUCGCAUUGACCUGUUCGGCCGAACUUGUCGAAUACAAAUUUCCAAGCUGCUGGAUUGAUCCAAAAUGGAGCUCCAUGCCGUAUUGAGAAUAGUUUCCUAUACACUCUUCGUCAUAAUCUCUACAGUUGGUAUUGCCUUCGUGGUGUUUGCGGGACUCUUGUACCGCUUCAACAGGAAAUAUGGACAUUUGCCUUGCCCAAGACCGUCAAGUUUCGUCACUGGUAAUUUGUCUCACGUUAACGCUAUUAGAAAGAAAUUAGAAUUUUCUCUGCUGGCACUCCUGUACCAAUGGUCGAGGGAACUUGGACCAGUCUAUUGUAUCCGAUUUAUCUUACGACCAUUGGUAAUAUGCUCCAGUCCUAAAACGGUGAAGGAGGUUUGCCUUGACAGCCGGCAUCUCAAACCUCAUCUUACCUAUGAUUUCUUCUACUCUGUCUUUGGCGAGAGAUUUAUGGGCAACGGACUGGUUUCACAAACUGAUCACGAGAAAUGGCAUAGUCGUCGAGCUUUGCUGAACCCCGCCUUUAAUCGCAAAUAUCUGAUGCAAAUGAUGGAUCUUUUCAACGACAGUGCGACACGUUUGCGUGAUCACCUAGUCCCCCUUGCUGACGGCAAAACUCUAAUUAGAAUGCUAGAUCAUUUCAACAAUGUCACCUUGGAUGUCAUUGCUAAGGUCGGAUUUAACAUGGAUACAAACGCAGUGGAGACGCCAGAUUGUCCAUUUCCAUCGGCCGUGUCACUCGCUCUUGAAGCGAUGGAUGUUAUAUUUAAAAACCCACUGAUCAUGGUGGAUGCUCGCAGCAAGGCUCGUGAUUAUCGCCGCUCGGUGCGCAGCGCCAUUAAACUGGUACGAAGAUAUGGCCAGGAAUGUAUUGAAAAGAGAAGAGAGGCAAAGAAGAGAGGCGAAGAGUUGCCGAAGGACAUCCUGACAUGUAUUCUGAAAUUGGAAGAUGAUCUUGGGAAUGGUCAGAAUAUUGAAAUUGCAGAACUGCUCGACGAGCUUGGAACGUUUUUUGUGGCAGGUCAAGAAACAACGAGCAAUCUUCUAGCAUUUACCAUACUUGAGCUCGGGAGACAUGAAGGAGUGGCUAAGAGGUUAAAAGAAGAUGUGGAUGAAGUCAUUGGGAAUAAACCAGUUAUUGAGUACUCAGACCUCCCCAAAUUGGAAUAUAUGUCUCGGGUCAUUAAAGAAACACUGCGCCUUAACCCUCCUGUUACUGGAACAAUGCGGGCUCUAGCUUGUGACGUCAAUAGUUGUGGUUAUGUCAUUCCAAAAGGAUCACCUACAGUUUUCAGUACUUAUCUGACAUCACGAAUGGAAGAAUAUUUUGAUGACCCUCUCCUCUUCAACCCCGAUAGAUUUAUUCCAAGUGAUGAACUUCCACGACACCUCUUUGCCUACUUUCCUUUCUCUAUUGGUCAACGCAAUUGUAUCGGACAGCAAUUAGCUCUGAUCGAAUCAAAAGUGAUCAUGGCAAAGCUGCUGCAAAGCUUCGAUUUUAGAUUGGAACAGUCCCAACGCCACAUCAUCCUGGCGAAUGUCUCCAACAAACCUUUGGACAGAUGUAUGACCUACAUCAGCCUCCGAGACUAAACUCGGCGUUUAGAUUUCUUUACGCAAUCUCCCAAACCUGGGAGCCGUUUCCUAUUAAAAAGGUGUUAGUAAGUUACGAGCGACUUCAAGAACCACUGGUGACCCUUCCUUGUGGUAAAUGAUGUACACCAAAAUGUUAAUUGGCGAUGGUUUACCGCUUGAGAAAGGAUCACCAAUCGUUCUUGAAGUCACUCUGAACUUGCGAACAGCUUAAUGAAACGGCUUCUUGGUGGGUGAUUCGUGAAGUUGUUCUUAAAGUUACACACUACUUGACGCACGACUGGAACAUGUUCUUAUAUAGAGACAAAGUUAUAUUGGUGCUAAGUCAGCUCUAUUAUCAUCUACCACAAGAAUGGGUCAGUAGUCAUUUGUAAAGUCAUCGUAACUUACGAACAUCUUUAUCGAACACUCGGCAGACACGUCUCAAAGCCAUCACUUAGAGAACUAUACAAGUAUUAUACUUGUAUCCCUUAGCCAUAUCUAAGGUAACGGAAAGAUUGAAGCACUAAGCAUAUUGCAGAGUAAAACCAUUUUCAUGCUCCCUAUUACAGACCGGAUGGCAAUGAAAAUCACAUAUCGUAAUUUGGGUUGUUUUUUUCUUAUUCUUUUUUUAAUACAAUGAAUUUUCAUAAAAGAAAUGAAGCACCUGAUGUAGACACUUAAAAAAAUGAUGAGGUUUUAAUUCAAUAUACUUCCGAAGCCUAGUCAUAAAUCCCUAAUUGAAUUUUUAAUGAUCAAUUUGAUAUGGCUACAUCCUUGCAAUAAAUAAUUUGGAAACUAUGGUGUCGUGGAUUAUUUUUCAUAUCAACACUCGAUUGCACUUAUUCCACUUGACACUGGAAUGACCUGUGUGUUGUGUUAUAAAUUCACGGAAUGGUCUCCAAAUUUGAAAUCAACUUGUAAUUAAAUCGAUAAACAUGCCUUUGUGGCUAUCAUUUGAGGCCAUAUCGUGAAAUAAACAGUGAUCCAGGUGUUGUUUCACAGACAGAGACGGCUUUGAUGGGAAGAAUUAUCAUUGGCUAUACCAGCAAUUGCAGGAGAUGAUAGCAAAUUUCCUCUUGACUAUUGGUUAGACUUACAAUGUGAUUUACAAUUCGAAUAUUUCAAACAAGGCUAUGGUAAUCAAUACAUAUCAUGUGCGCGCAUUUUACUUUGACUAUCGGGGUUUAUUUAAUUACUCUCUUAUUGUUUCUUAUUCAGAUUCGAAUGUUUUCAACCUGAUUGACUUCUUGAAUAUCAUGUAUUAAUUUCUCUUUCAUAAUUACUAAGAAUAUUGCCCCUCUAUAAUGAAUUCGAGUUCCCUUGCGCCAACAUAUCUGUGUGUUUUUAUUAUUGUUUAUACGCCUUUUCAGUUCAUGUAAAUACGGAACAUUUUGUAAUCGGAACAAGUUUCGUUUGGGCCAUCGACUCUGGUCAGUAAUAAUGGAACUUCAAUGACCAAUAUGGCAUAUUUUCUUUCCCUAAAUCAAACAAAUGAAUAAACAACUAUUUUUUUUCACUAUUCAUUCAAAUACAUCAUUAUUCUAUCGCAAUUCAAAUACUGUUCGAAAGAAAAUAAAUCCAACAUGU